GAUACACCGAUACCUGAUAAGUUAUGUCCAUUUCAGUGGAGGUCAAUACUCGGCAUGCACCCUCCCACGGGUAUUCUGGCAGUACUAAUACUGGGUGCCCUGCGUGCUGGGGUUGUUGCUGACGACGACGAUGACGACUCGGGCGUAACGUCGGCACUAGCUGCUGCUUUCAUAAGAGUGAAGACGAGGGAGAUUGAGCGGCUCUUGCAUACAUCCUGGUGUGUGGUGUCCGACCCAAGCUGUACGGGUGGAGUACCGAGAGACGCGAGGUCCUCCUCCGCCCCUGGGAGUACCGGCCAUGGCACCAACAUGGAGACGGCCAUUAACAGUUUCAGCAGGUGUAUAUGUGCAGCGUCCAGACUUGGCGACGUGUGUAACCUCAACAUCUCCAUCUACCCCGACAGCGUUGACAACUUUGCAAUACACAGCAGCUUCUCUGUGGUUUUCCACUGGCUCGGCGUCGUUAAAGGUAACACCCAUGAUCUGACAGCGGGAAACACACCAUGCAUGUCUAUUGGGUAA